AUGUUCGUUCUGGGCUUGCCCUUCUUGGCGUUCUUGGUGGCCUCGGUCGAGAGCCAUCUGUGGGUUCUGGGGCCCAAGAACGUCUCGCAGAAAGAUGCCGAGUUUGAGCGCACCUACGUGGACGAGGUCAACAGCGAGCUGGUCAACAUCUAUACCUUCAACCACACUGUGACCCGAAACCGGACGGAAGGCGUGCGUGUGUCUGUGAAUGUCCUGAACAAGCAGAAGGGGGCUCCUUUGCUGUUUGUGGUCCGCCAGAAGGAGGCUGUGGUGUCCUUCCAGGUGCCCCUAAUCCUGCGAGGGCUGUAUCAGCGAAAGUACCUCUACCAAAAGGUGGAGCGAACGUUGUGUCAGCCCCCCACCAAGAAUGAGUCUGAGGUCCAGUUCUUCUACGUGGAUGUCUCCACCCUGUCACCAGUCAACACCACAUACCAGCUCCGGGUCAGCCGAAUGGACGACUUCGUGCUCAGGACCGGGGAGCAGUUUAGCUUCAAUACCACAGCAGCCCAGCCCCAGUACUUCAAGUACGAGUUCCCAGAGGGAGUGGACUCGGUGAUUGUCAAGGUGACCUCCAACAAGGCCUUCCCCUGCUCAGUCAUCUCCAUCCAGGAUGUCCUGUGCCCUGUCUACGACCUGGACAACAACGUAGCUUUCAUCGGCAUGUACCAGACUAUGACCAAGAAGGCAGCCAUCACUGUGCAGCGCAAAGACUUCCCCAGCAAUAGCUUUUACGUGGUGGUCGUGGUGAAGACUGAAGACCAGGCCUGUGGGGGUUCCUUGCCUUUCUACCCCUUUGUAGAAGAUGAACCGGUUGAUCAAGGUCACCGCCAAAAAACCCUGUCAGUGGUGGUAUCUCGAGCAAUCACGUCCGAGGCCUAUGUUGGUGGUAUGCUCUUUUGCCUGGGCAUAUUUCUCUCCUUCUACCUGCUGACCAUCCUCCUGGCCUGCUGGGAGAACUGGAGGCAGAGGAAGAAGACGCUUCUGGUGGCCAUGGACCGAGCCUGCCCAGAAAGCGGUAACCCCCGGGUCCUGGCCGAUGCCUUCCCCGGCAGCUCCCCGUAUGAAGGUUAUAACUACGGUUCCUUUGAGAACAGUUCCGGAUCCACCGACGGGCUGGUCGACAGCUCAGGCACUGGAGACCUCUCCUACAGCUACCAGGAUCGAUCCCUUGACCCUGUGGGCGCUCGGCCACGCCUGGACUCCAUGAGCUCCGUGGAGGAGGACGACUAUGACACAUUGACCGACAUUGAUUCAGACAAGAAUGUCAUUCGCACCAAGCAAUACCUCUAUGUGGCCGACCUGGCACGCAAGGAUAAACGCGUCCUUCGGAAAAAGUACCAGAUCUACUUCUGGAACAUCGCCACCAUCGCUGUCUUCUACGCGCUUCCCGUGGUGCAGCUGGUGAUCACCUACCAGACGGUGGUGAAUGUCACAGGGAAUCAGGACAUCUGCUACUACAACUUCCUCUGUGCCCACCCGCUGGGCAACCUCAGCGCCUUCAACAACAUCCUGAGCAACCUGGGGUACAUCCUGCUGGGGCUCUUAUUCCUACUCAUCAUCCUGCAGCGGGAGAUCAACCACAACCGGGCCCUGCUGCGGAAUGACCUCUAUGCCCUGGAAUGUGGGAUCCCGAAACACUUUGGCCUGUUCUAUGCCAUGGGCACAGCCCUGAUGAUGGAGGGGCUGCUUAGUGCCUGCUAUCACGUCUGCCCCAACUAUACCAACUUCCAGUUCGACACGUCGUUCAUGUACAUGAUUGCCGGGCUGUGCAUGCUGAAGCUCUACCAGAAGCGACACCCGGACAUCAACGCCAGUGCCUACAGCGCCUAUGCCUGCUUGGCCAUCGUCAUCUUCUUCUCCGUGCUGGGCGUGGUCUUCGGCAAAGGGAACACAGCGUUCUGGAUUGUCUUCUCGGUCAUUCACAUCAUCGCCACCCUGCUCCUCAGCACACAGCUCUAUUACAUGGGCCGCUGGAAGCUGGACUCGGGCAUCUGCCGCCGCAUCCUCCACGUGCUCUACACAGAUUGCAUCCGCCAGUGCAGCGGGCCUCUCUACGUGGACCGCAUGGUGCUGCUGGUUAUGGGCAACAUUAUCAACUGGUCACUAGCUGCCUAUGGGCUCAUCAUGCGCCCCAAUGACUUCGCCUCCUACUUGUUGGCCAUUGGCAUCUGCAACCUGCUCCUCUACUUUGCCUUUUACAUCAUCAUGAAGCUCCGCAGCGGGGAACGGAUCAAGCUCAUCCCCCUCCUCUGCAUUGUCUGCACCUCGGUGGUGUGGGGCUUUGCCCUCUUCUUCUUCUUCCAGGGACUCAGCACCUGGCAGAAAACCCCCGCAGAGUCUCGGGAACACAACCGAGACUGCAUCCUUCUGGACUUCUUUGACGACCACGACAUCUGGCACUUCCUCUCCUCCAUUGCCAUGUUCGGGUCGUUCCUGGUGUUGCUGACACUGGACGAUGACCUGGACACCGUGCAGCGGGACAAGAUCUAUGUCUUCUAG